AUGGCUCCAUUUCCAAUUGGCAAUAAAAAUCGUGGAGAAGUGCUGGAUCCGGCAGAUCGACCGCCGCAACUGAACAUGGCCUACCUAGGGAGUAUAUCUUCAGAGCUGAAGAUACCCGAUAUUCUACACUCCAAGACAAACAUCAUGGCGAGCGAUCCUAUCAGCCCAGCGAUCAGCAACGGUGCCAUGGCACCUCCCGACAUGAUCCCGUGUUUCCCUGCUCGCAUAAGCUCCUUUUUCGGCAUACACAAGGUCGCCAACGUCACCGCCGCUCUCUUGAUCGAGAAAAACAAAGCCUCAGAGUCUAUGACCUGUACCUCAGCGAGCACGGAACGACGCCUCCUAGUCGCUGCGUUGGAAUGGCUCUGUCGUAGUUGA